GGGAUUAUAUAUAUAUAAAAUAAAACAUGUUUUUAUUUGAUUGGUUUUGGAAUAUUUUAAGUUUUUUAGGUCUUUAUAAUAAAAACGCUAAAAUUCUUUUCCUUGGUUUAGAUAAUGCAGGUAAAACUACUCUUUUAGGUGUUUUAAAAGAUGGUCGUCUUUCAUCAUAUAUGCCAACUUUCCAUCCAAAUUCCGAAGAAUUAGCUAUGGGUAACAUUAGAUUCAAAGCUUUCGAUUUAGGUGGUCACGAAUCAGCUCGUAGACUUUGGAGAGAUUAUUAUCCAUCAGUUGAUGCAAUUGUUUAUUUAAUUGAUUCAGCCGAUCAAGAAAGAUUCGUCGAAUCAAAGAAAGAAUUAGACUCACUCUUAUCAUCAGACGAAUUAUCAAAUGUUCCAUUCCUUAUUCUCGGUAAUAAAUUAGAUCUUCCACAAGUUCCAUCAGAAGAAAAAUUCAGAGCUGCUCUUGGUCUUACUCAAACUACUGGCAAAGGAAAAGUUAAUCUUAAUGGUGUUAGACCAAUCGAAGUUUUCAUGUGUAGUGUUGUUAAACGUUUUGGAUAUGCAGAAGGUUUCAGAUGGUUAUCUAAUUAUUUGAACUAAUCUACCAUAGGUAAUUAGAGAUAAUAGAUUAUAAAAAAAAAAAUAAAAAAAAAAUUAAAAUAAAAUAAAAUAAAAACAAAUACAAUCACUGUAUUUUUUAUAAUAAUC